ACUCAAGUCAUCUGUUGACUGUUGUGUGCAAAUUCAGAUUGUAAAAAACAAGCGGGAGAGAGAGAGAGGGGCGCGAGAACGGAAAGGGGGCAAACAAAACCCUAACAGAGUGGAACAAGCAUUUGCAGCAAAAAUGGCAGUCAAGUUAUUAUUAUCAAAUCAAUUCUUACACUCUAUGCGAUUGAGCCCUACUCGCCUCCUCUACUCGUGCAACCUACAGAAGUACAGAAUUGAUGCCCUUGUUUCCACUGCUAAUACACGCACCUGCUGCUCUUCUUCCGCUGUUGAGGCUCUAGAAUUUGAGGCCGAUGAACUACCCAAUGAAGCUGAAACAGCAGAAAAAGAUUCUGCCCUUCGUACGGCUAUUUCCCAGCUUGCUGGUGAUUUUACCAAAGAAUCCAUGUUAUCUCUGCAGCGCUUUUUUAGGACGAGGCGCACAUCUGUGGUAUCAACAGGCUCCCUGAAGCUUGACCAAGCUCUUGGGGUUGGGGGAUUACCAAAGGGAAGGAUGGUUGAAAUUUUCGGGCAAGAAGCAUCAGGCAAGACAACAUUGGCCCUUCAUGUAAUCAGGGAAGCUCAAAAGCUUGGAGGCUACUGUGCAUAUCUGGAUGUGGAAAAUGCAUUGGACCCUUCACUUGCAGAGUCAAUAGGUGUAAACACAGAAAAUCUACUUAUAUCACAGCCUGAUUCAGCUGAAAAUUUGUUGAGUAUUGUACAUACACUGACAAAAAGUGGAUCUGUGGAUGUAGUCGUGGUAGACAGUGUUGCUGCUCUUGUUCCCCAACGUGAAAUUGAUUGUAUGAUAGGUGAAAAUUACGAGAACAUACAAUCACGAAUAAUGACUCAAGCACUACGGAAAAUUCAAUAUUCAUUAUGCAACUCCAAGACUCUUAUCAUCUUUAUUAAUCAGGUGAGAUCAGAUUUAAGGUCGGGCAAAGGAUUUGGAUGUACUGAUGAGAUAACUUGUGGUGGGAAUGCAUUGCAAUUCUAUUCGACUAUACGGAUGAAGAUAAACAGAAAAAAAUUGCUCACAAGCAGGGAUGAGGCUACUGGUCUAGGGAUACGUGUCCAAGUGGUUAAAAACAAACUUGCACCUGCAAUGAGAACAGCUGAAUUAGAUAUCCAGUUUGGAAGAGGCAUUUGCCCUGAAUCUGAGGUAUUGGAAAUGGGCUGUCAACAUGGAGUUAUCUUGAAAGAAGGAAAUAGCUAUUUUAUAGAAGGAAAUGUUUUGAACAGUAAAGCGGAAGCUGAAAGUUAUUUAUCACAAAACGAGGAAGUUUUGAAUAUAGUAGUUAAAACCUUAAGAGAUCAAUUGUUCCAUAUAGUGACAUAAAAGAUGAAGGAUAAAGUUUGGUACAUAUAUUCUGUCACGAGGUCAUACCAAAUUUAGAAGGCUUGUAUAGUAACUCACAUCCAUGGAUUACUGACCAACAUCUGUUGUUAUAUGGGAUGGUUGAACAAUGGUCAAGGACCAGCCAUUUACUGUAUCCAUUAAAGGUGUAAAACAUAAUGUAUCAGAAGAUAUGGCAUGGAUGAAUGAAUCAGGGAAUGAAUUGAUAGAAGAUGCCAAGACGGAUACGUGUGUGUUCAAUUAUGUAAAACAAGAGCAAUGUUUGUGUACGUCUGUAUGUAAUUUGGGUUUCGGACUUAUGUCACAGGGGGCAUAAUUAUUUCAGUUGUAGAACUGUAUCAUAUCGAAUUACAAGUGUCGAACACAUAGUCAUUGUAUAGUAAUUAUUUCAGUUCUUUUUCUUGUUA